AUGACGUCAGUGGCGUCGAUGGAAGCAAGAGAUUUUGAGGUAAACACACAUAUUGCAGAGGUGACUCCUCUAGAAGAGAGCAAUAUGGCAGAUGAUUCCCCCAUGGCAGUUGAUGUGGACAGGGAUCAGGAGCUAGACGUGCUCAAGGUAUGUCACCAUGCACUUAGAAGUGUGAAAGAAAUAGAAGUGCGGGUCGGUGCAGAGCUGGCAAAAUAUUGGCGCACGGGAGACGCGAAACGAGAGAGCUGUGAGCGAGUGCUGCGAAUGGCUGUAGCUGAGGUAGAGCAGCAACUGGCACAGUUAAAGCAAGCGUGUGAGGGAAACGAGAGAAAUGUUGCUGAGGAACUGAUGGCGGCAUUGAAUUGCGCCACGCAAGUUGAAGUAGUAGAGGCGGUUGAGGAGCUAGCUGUAAAGGCUGCCAUGAUCGACGAGAUCGAGAGGUGCACAAAUUGGGAGCGAGAACAAAUUGUGCUGAACUGUAAAGAAUUAAAAAAGAGGAUGAUAAAGUUAAUUGAGAAAGAAAAGGAAGUGGCAUCAUUGCAGCGUGAGCUGGAGAUGGCACGUAAAGAAUUGCAAGUGCUCAAGUCGCGUAAGGAGGAGUCCGGUAAAAGCGGUGUAUGGACUACGGUGCCAGGUAAGGCCGCUGAAGAGACUUCAAAAAUCAACAUUGAAGCAUUGAAAAGGUUGAAGCACGAAAUGAGCUCAUGCAAACCUACAUUGCAGGCUGGGCGAGAAAGGCCGCCAAGGUCGAGCAACUCGGUGUCGAGCAAAUCCAGGCAAUCCUCAGGGAGGACGCUGAUGAAGCACGGUGAGUUGUCAUCGAUAUCUAGCUGGGAAGAGUUGAGCGAGGUUGAUAGUUGCGGUAGUGAGGGGAUGAGCCGACGCAGUAGUCAGGGAUCCUGCUCACUCGCAGAAAACCAGUUGGGAGCAUAUUUGAGAUAUGUGGCGCUCCCAGAUGUUAGAAUAUUUUCGGGAAAAGAUAAAGAUUAUUCGUGGAAUAAUUUCAUCGAAUCUUUUUCUUUGAAAUAUCCAACACAGAAUUGGUCCAGCGAAGAGUUGAAGACCUUGUUGAAGUCGAAGCUAAUUGGCCAGGCCAAAACGCGAUAUGAGGCGUUACCUCACAGGAUUAGGCGAGGGUCCUUCGAGGGUGUAGUGGCAGCCUUAGCAGAGACAUACAAGGUUGACGCACAGACCAGUAGAGUUGUUGCGCUGGGGAAGCUGAAGAGGCUGAGAAAGUCUGAGGAGCAAUCGGUUGCGGAGUACUGCGUGCUGUUGGAGCAGCUGUCAGUCAUGGCAUACCCAGAGUUGGAUGAGAGUGCUCUAAUGACAGUGAGGGCCCAUCAGCUGUAUGAGCAAUUAGUACACUGGCCUGAAUCUUAUCAUUUGUUGGUGGCCAUGGAGAUGCCAGGGACAGAUCCGUAUACAAGUCUCAAAGAUACAGCAAUGAGGAUUGAGCGACGGAACCUGACUUUGGCAAACACGAAGGACUCAGUGAGGACAAGCGGAUUCUCAUCGCGUUCACUGGCUAAUGCACCAGCCAGAACUCCGGACGUAGGAGGCGAGAAGAGCAGACGUUCUUUCAAGCCUGCUCAAGCCAAGCCGACAGUUGGAGAUGUGGAGAAAGGCCAUCAAGAAAGGCAGAAAGAGACAAAGACGAGGUGCUAUAAAUGUCAGGGCAUGGGCCAUAUGGCUAGAAAUUGCAGAGUUGGAAGUAGUCACGUGGAGAGUAAGGCGGCAGAUGUGCUGCAGCUCCAAGAGGAUGAGGAAAUCGAGGCGAAAUCGCAAACGAAGCCAUUGGAGGCGUCAUCAUUCGGAAACAAGUACGCAUCCAAGGUCGAAGCAGGUGGAAGGAUAUGGAGAGCACUGCUGGAUACAGGUUCAGAGAUAUCGAUCAUGCCUGUAGCUGUCUACCAUCUAAUCAAAGCCAGCGGUCACAUAUCCCAGGAGUGGCCAAUCGACAGGAAAAAGAAAAUUGUCGAUGCGUCGGGCAACCGAAUGAAAUUCGAGACAAUGGUGAGGAUCCCGGUAAGAGAAUGUGACGGCGAAGAAGCAAUCAUUGCGAUGCACGUAUCGCAGCAAAAGGGGCAGACGUUGAUUCUUGGUACCAAUGCGCUCCCAUUGCUGGGGUACAAUCUGAUUCGGCGUAGUAAGGGUGUAACAAAGAGCAUCCCGCCAUGUGCAAGCAAAGAGGAAGCGCGUGGCAAUCAAGAGCUCGCAUCGAAGGUGAGAGGGGAGCAGACAUCUAGCGCUGACAAGGAACAGGCUAGUGUCGUUGUGGCGAAGCGAACGUACGUGGCUCCAGGAGAAAUGAAAAAUAUAUCGGUAAAGGGAAGUGUGAACCCAGGUGAAAGGGUGUUCCAUUCGAGCCUAGCAUGCUUAGGGUCGGGCGUUUGCCAGGUCGAUGAGAGCGGAGUAUCAUGUGUACCGGUUUGGAAUGGUACGCAAGAACCGCUAGUUUUGCGAGCAGGUUGUGAAGUUGGCAAGUACGAGCAUGAUGAUGUCGAGUGUACCGCAGUUAAAGCGACUGAGGUAGCGACGGACAUGCUAGUGCUAGGCAAGCCAGCACUGCAUGAAUCGGAACGAAAACGUCUACUUGAAAAGUUCCUAAAAGAAAACAGGAAUAUGUAUGAACAGGACGAACCUGAGCUAUGGAGAAUCGUGGCAGAGUAUGACAAAGUGUUUGCGGUCGAAGACAGAGAACUGACACAGACCGAUCUAGUCAUACAUGAAGUGGACACUGGUAACACGCCGCCGAUUCGUCAGAAGGAACUGCUAGACCGAGGCAUUAUAGAGGCUUCGGAGUCUGAGUGGGCAUCACCAGUCGUGCUGGUGAAAAAGAAAGAUGGGUCGUUACGGUUGGAAAACGACUAUGACGUCGAUUCUUCGAUGCAUUUUCUUCACGUUCGAUUCAAAUGCGACGGUCAAAGUUUUCCGAGUAUAGACGGACGGCCUGGUUUUUCGUUAUCAGCGUGUCGCUGCAGUCAGAAGACUACCGUUUCUGAUCUUAUACCGUCCGUGCCCCCUCCAGCGGCAGGCGAAAGAGUCCAGUGUGUCUUGGAUGCGGCCAGAGCUUUGGCAAUCUGGUGGGGCGAAGGAUCGAUUUCGUGUAAAGUGCAGAGGAUCGUGAAUAGUAGCUACCUGGCGUUGAAUCCGAAAUCCGUCGCUGUUGCUUACUGCUUCUUCAAAAGUCGUUGUUCGCAUGUCGCGUUAAUGAGUGGUAUGGUCCCCCAGGACGCUCGGUUCAAUCAUACAAUUUUGCCUGGUUGGCCAUGGGAUACGAGUAGAAUCAUACAAUAUGGAUGGCACAUGGCACGCUCGUUGGAAUGGUCGACAAUAUCGUCUGUGGUGUCGAACGCGAAUGAGCAUGCCAGAACGGUCAUUCUGGUGCCGGAUGUUUUGAGAAGAUUGACCUUUUGCCGGAAAGGGCCAAGGACUACUCUGUUCUACUACAGGUCAUUUCGUGAAGUCCGGCGGAAUAAUAACGUGUUGUUCGCUGAUGAAGUUGGAACCGUUGUGUGGGUAAUGCCGCCGAGGGAACCUGAGGACGCUUAUUCGUGGAUUCAGUUCACUGCAGCGGUUGACCUCUGGUUAUCUUGUGGAGCGCAUGUUUGGAUGGUAAAUGGGCCCCGCUCGUGCGAUGAUGGGAGCUGGAAUCGCAUGAACCAAAGGGCGCGGACCCACAUCCUUGGAUAUCUCGACGACCACGCUGACUUUGCGCAGCAGUGGCAUGAUUUGUUACCGGAAGACGUUGGAGUUUUGAAGGCUUCCAUGGCUUGUCUUCGCGUGGGUGUGGUGGAAGACCCAAGAAAAUGGUGGGAAGUACCGCGAGCACUGGAAUUUUUUGAUCACCUCACAAGGCAACUCAAGGAGCAUGGCGUACAAUUGGAGGCUCUCAAGGUGCCCAAGUCAAUGAAGGUGUCUGGAGGACCGGCACAUACUGUUAAUAAAGUAGGGGGCGGAGGACCGCCCAUAAAAGACGGCAGGAUCUCAAAAAGGCACCUCAAAAGGGUGGAAAAACGCCAGGAAAGAAGUCGCCAAAAGCUGAUUGCUCGGGGGUUACAGCACCUCAAUAUCAGAUCUGAGGACAGAUCUACGGAGGAGGGGGGCAUGUAG